CACGUGAUAACACUCUUUACACAAAUGCCGAAGAGAUAAACACACAGAGACAGACAACUCGGAUGAACUAAAUUUUACUUCCCGCUCCAAUGGAGCUCACUCUACAGAUCUCCGCAACUCUUCCUAGAGAUAAUCUUCUCCAUUUUUCCUCUAGCUUAACUAAAGUCUCGUAUCCCCGGUUUACAAGAAACCCAUUUCAAGAAAUUUCAUUCCAGUCUUCUAGAAACCGUGAGCCUGUUUUGGAAGAACAACUCUCAAAGGAAAGAUAUGUCGAUGAUGAUGAUGAUGAAGAAGGAAUAAAUCCUUGUGAUGAUGAUUCAUACUUAUCAUUAAAUGAAAAACCAGAUAGAAAUUUGGCUUUACUUGAUGAUUAUGAGAUGGAGGAACUCGAUUUUGUUGUCGACCCUAACCAUAGAAGUGGAUAUGUGGCUGUACUUGGUAAACCAAAUGUUGGAAAGAGUACACUUUCGAACCAGAUGGUUGGUCAGAAGCUCUCUAUUGUAACAGAUAAACCUCAAACCACUAGACAUCGGAUACUUGGUAUAAUUUCUAGUGAAGAAUAUCAGAUGAUCCUUUAUGAUACACCUGGUGUUAUUGAGAAGAAAAUGCACCAGCUGGAUACAAUGAUGAUGAAAAAUGUUCGCAGUGCUGCCGUUAAUGCGGAUUGUGUUUUGAUUGUUGUUGAUGCUUCUAAGAUGCCUCAGAAGAUUGACGAGGUUUUGGAGGAAGGUAACCUUAAAGAGAAAGUACCGACUUUGUUGGUGUUGAAUAAGAAAGAUUUGAUUAAGCCUGGAGAGACUGCAAAGAGACUAGAGUGGUAUGAAAAGUUCACUGAUGUUGAUGAGGUGAUUCCUGUUAGUGCAAAAUUUGGUCAUGGAAUUGAAGAUAUUAAGAAUUGGAUACUAACAAAACUUCCUAUAGGACCAGCUUAUUAUCCAAAGGAUAUUGCUAGUGAGCACCCAGAGAGAUUCUUCGUAGCAGAAAUUGUUAGAGAGAAAAUUUUCAUCCAAUACAGAAAUGAAGUUCCUUAUGCGUGUCAGGUGAACGUGGUAAACUACAAAACUAGACCAACUUCAAAAGACUUCAUUCAAGUUGAGAUUGUUGUUGAGAAGAAUACACAAAAGAUAAUCCUCAUUGGAAAAGAAGGGAAGGCUCUAAAACUCUUGGCAACAGCUGCGCGGCUUGAUAUUGAAGAUUUCCUGCAGAAGAAAGUCUUCCUUGAGGUGGAAGUUAAGGUGAAAGAUAACUGGCGACAAGAUGAAGGUCUCCUGAAACACUAUGGUUAUGGAGGACAAAUUCGAGCCUUGUGAAGUGCCUUAGUACUGCACACUCAAUCAUGUAAGGUUUGAACCUGACAUAAAUGUGAUGUACUGGAAUAUUUGAUAAGGUAAUAAGAGAGAUAGAGUUGUACUAAGCAUUCAAGCAAGACAAUACAUCGGGGAAGAGUGAUGGAGAUAUAACUUCACAAACACAGUAACCUCAGUACCACUGUACUGCCUCUCUUUUCUAUUUUCAGUGAUAAACACUAAAUGCAAGUACAUGCUUAUUAAA